ACUAACUGUAAAUAUUUUGACUGGACGGUAGACGAGCUUUUGAAACGUAAUAUUUCACAUGUAAUACCUACAAAAAUAAGGUAUGUGCAGUUUACACGGACAUAGCAGCUACACCCAUUCUGUCCAGGUAGUUGCAGACUGAUCAUGGCAGGUUCCAGUGCUCCAUUACUCAACGACUAUAAGAAGGACUUCUUCUGGAAGCGCCUGCCACAGACAGUUCUGGGAGGUCCAAAACUAAAGCUUGGAUUUGGAGCACCAGCUUAUGUUUACCUAAAUCAAGUUCUCUUAUUUUUGCUACCAUGGAUUCUGGGUGGCAUUUUCACUGUGCUGGUAGAAGUAGUAUCACUGACCGAUUAUGUGGCUGUGUGUAUAUAUGGCGGAAUUAUGGUCUUAAUGGUGCUUUUAACACAAGCCAUAAGCUUGGUUGUACAGAAGAAAGAGGACGUCUCCGUCGCGCCAUUACAGCAGACGAUUAAUGUCCUGGCAGAAGAAGAUGAGGUCGACUUCACGUCAUGCUGUGGUGUAGAAACAUUCAAGUUUAUAGUCCCUGUGAAGAAAAUCAAAGUCAAUAUUCUAUUCCAUGCUCUGUUGUCUGGAGCAUUAUGUGGGCUAGGCAUGUGGUAUCUUCUACCUCAAACACUGAAUGGUUUGUACAACUCCAGUGCAGGAGCUACUGUGAUUCUCUUUAUAUUAGGCUGGCUGACGGUUUGCAUUGCACAGUAUUCUUUGACUGUGGGUGCUCCUCCUGAGCCAGCAGCAUUUAGAACACUAGACACAUGGGAGAUUGCUCCUCUUACAAGACCAUUUUAUGCUCUGGUUUUCAUGGGAUUUGAUCUCACAGCAAGGUACAUUCCUGUUAUGGUUCCAGUCAACUACUACCUGCACAUUGUAUUUGUAUUCCUCCCGGUGAUGUGGACUCUAGGUCUCUUACCUCCACUUGAUGCCUUGUUCCUGUGGAUGUUUGAACAGGUGCUAGUGGGUCUGAUGGGCGGAUCACCUAUGGCAUCAGAUUUAAGGCUGAUCCUGAUGCUGACGUUAUCUCUAGGAGUAUUCCUGGCUGCCUAUUUCAUUCCAAAUGAUCUCGUUACUGUGAUUCUGUUGUGUGUUAUGGGAUAUCUAUUAAGCACUGACCUUGGAGGCCUUGGGUCUCAGUUUCUUAAACUGUGCACCACACAACAUAAUAAUAAAUCAAAGUCUGAUGCCAGGCAAGAUAGUGAGAAGACAAUCAUGAAGCCCAAAUCAAACUUUUUUGUAACUUGGGCUUUUAAAGAAGGUCAUUUUAUUAUGUUAUUCAUAGCAGGAGGAUUAGGAGGUGUGAUCAACUACUUUUCUCCACAAAUCAGUGCAGAUAUUCCCCAAAUUCUAGGCUAUAUAAUCAUGGGCUUGCUAGUCAUUCAGAAACUGCUGUCAGAUAUGCAGCGUGUCUACGUGUUCUUUGGAAUCUGGAGGAAUGCUUUAUAUCCGUCCAGCAUACAAAGGACUUUGAUAUUCCAGAAGAGAAAGAAAAGAUUACUUGUCCUGGGGAUUAUAAGGAGGAUUCUUCUGGAAUGGGUGUCCCCCCUGGUGAUGUUGGCCUAUCUAGCGAUGGUGAUCACCACUUUUCCGUCAACUUCUCCUUUGUUGGUCUGGACAGUAUUUGGUGCUACUAGGGCAUUUAGAUGGAUAUGGCAAAGCCCAUCACAGUCCCUACUUGAAAUCUCUGUCAUUCACAUCAUAAACUAUGUCAUUCCAAGUGGCACUCUCAGCUGGACGUCUUCAGUGGACAUUGCUACACAGCUGCUUAUCAGUGGACUCUGCAGAGACAGGCUAUUUCAAGUGCUCAGCAAACUGUAUUUCUUCAUGGUGACACUGGUCACUUCAUGGACUGACAAGAAACAGAGACAUGUCAGCACUGUUCCAACAAUAGUGCUGUCUGUGUUGUUUUUCCCAGUUGUUUUAGCCAUCAUAGCAAUUUCAGCGGCAUUAUCAGCUCCAUUAUUGCCCAUCUUCACUCUCCCAAUAUUCCUGGUUGGUUUUCCACGUCCCAACAAGGCGUGGCCAGCGUCUGUGGGUGCGUCUGCCAACAAGAACGCUGACACUGUGUAUUAUGAACAGCUGUCACACCAGUUAGCUGCGCCACUUAGGACUGCUUUUGCUAAUGGAAGUUUGGAUGAACCCUCCCCGGGAGACCAUUACCUGAUCCGCUAUCAAGACCGUUUUGUGUGGGUCUUCAUCCUGGAGCGUGGCUGCCGUUACUGCACCAUCAGCGUCAAGGGACUGGAAUUGCAGGAGACAUCGUGCCACACUGUCGAAGCAGCAAGGCUGGAUGAUAUUUUCGAAACCACAUUUGAGCACGAAAACGGGGUCUCCUGCUGCUCCUUGAAUCGAUACCCAUUCAAUGCAAUGACGCCGUAUGAUGCGUGCGUGGUAAAGGUUUACUCAGAUGCCAAGAAUGUGUUGACUGGGAUCAUCGAUUCUUCAGACAGCUUGCAGAUUAUGACCCAGAGUUUUAUCAAAGCCCUGGUGUGGGUGAUGCUGCACCACAAUGCAAAGAGCAAAUCAAAACUGGAGAAACCAGAGCCACCGAAUAUGGCAGGAUCCAGACGAUCUUUGAGGAGUAGACUGUCCACUGCACGUAGCAAUAGAGUGGCCCCAGGUCCAUCUGCUGGUGCUGUAGUUCCUGGAACUGGUUUGAAUGAUCAGGAACAUGGGGCAAUUACUACUAAGACUGCGCCUGAACCCAAGUUGACCAGUAGCUGGGAUAGUAUCACAAGUGAAGUGUCAUUUCAUCAAAAGCCAAAUAAACGCCCAAUAUCAGCUAAGUCCAGACAGUCCUCAGUUAGCAUACCAGGGAGUAACUGGUCUGAUGAUAAUGAGUCAUUAGAAUUGGAAAAUUUUGAUUCUAAAAAAAACAAAAAGAUUAAUUUGAUAGCAGGCCUGGAAACAAGACAGAACCAGGGAUCCAAAAAUGAUUCUGCAUACAAUUCCUCGGUAGAUCCCAUGUCUAAAAGUAAACAACAAAAUCAUGUGUACGGCCAGCCUGCAGGUAUACUGGACAAUCUCACAGAUGAAGAAGAAGAGCUUUUCAAAGAACUUGAUUUCGGGUUACCUGCUGUAGAUAUUCAUCAGCCAAAGAAAACUGUUCCUUCAUACCAGUCAAACCUGAAAGGGACACCUUACAACAACUUACAGCAUGGGCAUGGAAUUAAACCAGUGACAAACUUGGCUGGUUCUAUGCAGUUUUCUUCCCCGUAUUCCUCAAGACUGAGCUUGCCUUUGAAAUGGAGAGAGAUUCCAAUAGAAAACACUAAAAUAGACUCGCUGUUGAGUGAUUUUCCAAAGGAUUGGUUCAAAUGGGUUUUAACGUUACUGGAUCUGGAGAUGGACGGAAAGAAUUCUGAGAGUGUAGCUGCAGAGUUAGCGGAAGACGAGGUUUUAAUGGGGAUUUAUGCACAGUUGGUUAUGGCCUGCUAUGCAGUUACAGAAAUACUGGGUCUUGGUGGCAGUGAUGUGAUCUCUAUGGGAGCCAGUCAUGUGUACAAAGUCUACCAUGGGGACAUUCCCUGGUCUCCAUCCUCAGAGUGGGUCACAGAAGACAAGGAGCUCUACCAACUAGUCAUCAAAGCAUACAGGUUGGCAUUUAAGCUAAUGCUUGAUCAAGUUUUGCUGGGAGAAGCCUCCAGUAAUGAAGAGCUGCAGGAAUAUUUUGAGGAGUAUGAGAGAGAUCUGUUUAUUGGCAGUGAGAAGGACCCAGAAUGGCAGGAGGCUGUACUGUGUGAGAAACCUAUGCUGUUCUCACUGGGACACGACUCUGAACAGAACACCUACAACAGCCGAGUGCUGACCUUACAAGACGUCACGCUACAAAUCGGCAAGCUGAAUGCAGAGGCAGUGAAGGGACAGUGGGCUAACCUGGGCCUGGAACUCCUUUACUUCACCAAUGAUGACGAGGAGAGAUACAGCAUACAGGCGCACCCCACCCUCCUCAGAAAUCUUACAGUUCAAAGUGCAGACCCUCCCCUUGGCUAUCCUGUCUUCUCCUCAGAACCUAUGUCAGUCCCAAGUCUUUGAUUACAUAUUAUAAUUAUAAAGCAUUAUUAAGUGGUGUCUCUGGUGCAUGGUAGUUAGGGCACUUGCCCUUAGUGUUAUAUGUAGGAUGCUGUCAUUUUAUGGUACAGUUAUCUAGAAAAAUAUUGUCACAUGUUUAGACAGGGGCACAAUUCCAGUUGCUAUUUUAUGGUACAGUUAUCUAGAAAAAUAUGGUCACAUGUUUAGACAGGGGCACAAUUCCAGUGUUGACCAUAUGCACUGGUUUUGGUAGAUGUGCCUUAGCUGUAUUUAUGACACAGCAGUUAAUACUUACAUGGAUUUUAGUGUUACUUGGGCCGUAGUGGGGAGACGUUUUCUCUGUGUCAUCUCACGUCUGCUUUGUUAAUCAUUCAGUGAACACUAAGUCAACAAUUGCUUACCAUGUUCCAAGAAAUAGGUUGCCUAGUGGUAUCUUUGAUUCUUUUGUUAUCAAAAGUUUUAAAUUUGUAGAGUCAGAGGAGUGAUUUAUAGCCAAUUUCACAUAUUGAACUUCCCCUGAACAUUCCAGACACUUGUUGGCUGAGACCCUAGUGCUUUCUAUACCGUUUAAACCUCUAGUUAGGAGUAGACUUUGAUUAGAAAUUACCCCAUGCAUUUAAGAUUGAUCCCUUCUAAUUGUUUUUGGUGUGUUGUAGGAGUUUUCACCUACUUGACUUAUUUCUUUGAAUAUGCUCAUUAUUUUUAUGAAGUUUGAUGUAUUCUAAUAUAAUCAGAAACAUCCGAUGGUUGCACAGGAAAAAAUGAUAUAUGGAUAAAAUUGAAGUGCCAUGUGACUGUAUAAUGUUUUAAAGCAAGAUAAGGUUUAGUCCUCAGAAGUGUCUUUUUUGUAUUUGCUUUUACAUCUAGGUGUUUUUUGUUAUUUUUGUAACAUGCUUACCUUCAGUUACCCAUUUUACAGUGUUGCUAAUAUAUUUAUUGAGCACAUAUUUAUACUAGGUGAUGCAUUUUGUUGAUUCUUCGCGUAUUUUUACAUAUUCUUUUAUUUUCCAGUUUUCUAAAUCGUUUUU